AUACAUUAGGAUUUUAUGAUAAUUUUUUAUUUCUUUAUUUUUUGUUUAGUAAUUAAUUUUUUUUCAGGCCACAAGGACUACUCCCAGCCGCCAGUAGCCCAUAGUAACCGUGACCAGCGUGUGGUGGUUGGGAGUGUGAAGGGAUGGGGAAGCAGCAGUAGUGGUGGUGGUGGAAGCAGCAACAGUGUAGUUGUUGCUGGUCAGGGCAGCACAGGCAGUAGCAGUAGUUUAAAUUAUGCUCCCACGAUAGGACGAACUCAUGUGUCUGCAAGUCACCAUUCACCAUCAUCACAGGCACAUGGAUUAUCACCAGUCUCUCAGCUUGGGUCUCUGGCAGGCAUUGUGCCAGCACAGGCAGAUGUCUAUCGGGAAUAUAGACGUGCUGGCCCCCCUCAGGCUGCUGCUGCAGCUGCUGCUGCAGCACAGGUGUAUGUGACCACCACUCAACCCACAUACUUACCCUCCUCCCUUCCAGCUGCACACACAGUCAACCCAUUUACACCAGGAGGAGCAUUGCCCCCACCAGCCCACCACAGCAGUGGGCGCACAGUGCUGGCUGCCCCACCUGCACAUCCUUUACCUGCCCACAUGCAACCAACUGCAGUGUUCCCUACGCACCCCCAAGUAGCUGCACCCUACACUGCCUACACUGCUCUCUCUCCAGCCAAGAGCCAGUAUCAAAGCAUCUGGUUUUCUGAGUAGCAACAGUAUCAAUUGGAACAAACCCACUACAAUUUGUGAGAAUAAAAUAGGCCCAGAAGAUCCAAAAUGAGCCAAGAAAAUGACAUACAGGAAAAAAAGAAAUAAAUAAAAGAAAAGAGGAAAAGAGAAUUUAUGUUGCCCAGCACAUGAGAUUUGGGCAGUGGGAGUGGGUAUAUUGGAGUUCCUGGAGAGUAACUGAGUGUAGUAGUGCAGGGUUGUGAUGAGGUAGGGAUGGAUCUAUGGGGCAAAUUUGCCCCAUUCCUUCCUUCUCACCCUCAAGAGGAAGCUACUGCACUAUGAAGAUCAACCACAUCUUCAGCAAAGGAUAUACCAGGGUGGCUAGACUUAGACUAGUUUAGAUAAAAGCAAAAGAGAAACUCUGGAAUACCUUUGUUGAAACAAGACCAUUAUUUUGGUGCCAAGUGUAUGGGGUUCACAGCCAAAAAAUAGUGUCUACAAAUUUUAAGUAAGCUUCAGAAGUGUGCAAGGACUUAGUGUCAGAUAUAUUCAUGGGUACUGAGCUCUACCAUAUAAUUACUCCCCUGUGAUUACUGAUUUGGGGGCCAAUAGAAUUUGUUUGAGCAUUUCUCUUGAUACAAUAGCAUCAGCAGCAGUAUAGGCCCCAUAUCUGUGUGUAGAACUAGUGCAUGUACAAGUGUGCGCCUGUCUCAUGAUGACCAUAACCUUGACAAGCAUUAUAACUGUGCGUUGGCCGUCCUAAGGGCGGAAAUACUGUCGGCAUAUUGUUGACAAAUGAGAAGACUGUAGCUAGUUUUUAUUUUUAUCAUUUUGUGUGAAACAUGAGCAACAGCCAGUGGGUGAACACUACACUGGUAAUGAAGAAUGGAUAUGGAGUGUUUGUGUUAGCUUCUUUGGAGCACAUCCUGUAUUGCAUAAAAGGAAAUAAUUUAUCAGCUACAUUUUUAAACUUUUCAGUCACCCAAAGAAGUUAUAGUUCGUUUUGUGUUGGACUUGAUAUCGUUAUCAAGUGUGAGUUUUUUGUUGAAGCUAAAGUGAUGAGCCAUCUGUGGAGCUCGGCUAAUAAUCCUAUUGGCUACUAAGUGACUGGGAACUGGUUCACAGAAUGCCGAGGUUUUUCAGUGAGCCAUGCUUGACGUUGUGUAUAUUUAUUUUGUGUUUUACCAAGCAUAAAUUGAAUAUGUUUGAUAAUUUUUUAAGGGGAAAGGGUUUUGACAAUGGUCUGUACGUAGACUUAAUGUGUAGCAUGAGUAGUAUUGUGUUUAUAGCCGAUGAGGCCGAGGGAAAAUGCGCCAUAGUUGGCAUUUCAACAGCACUCCCCUUCCCUUCCAUAAAGUGUGGGAAGUUGAGAGCCAAGUAGAAUUGCUGGAUGUGGUGUGAUGCCCACCGGCUGCACCACGUUUGGUGUUUGUCCACAGGUUUGUUUGAUCUCUAUUAACAUAUACGCUUUCUUGAACUUCUUCCCUAUGUGUAAAGGUGUUAUUUAUGUCUGGAGUGUGAUACCUUCUCUUUAUAUCUCGGAGAAUCCUCUGCAUGGUUUUUGUGCUUGUUUCUUGACCAAGGUCUAUACACCCGGGAGAAGCAAAUAGCACGUUCAGGCUUACUGCCAUUCCCCCAACCCCCCUCCCACACUCCACCUCUUUUGAGGUUCACUAUUCACUGCUAACUGUUAUUGGGAAUUUUAUUUUUAAUGUUUCUUUGGAGAACUUUUAAUGUUUCUUUAAUUGAUUACCUUUGAUCUUAAGCAUAGUAUAAUAUUUAAUUUUUUAAGGUUAACAUUUACUUCUAAGAUCAAGCUUUGAUGUGUAUGUGAAAGCUUAUAUUUUUAGUAUCUGAAUUGGGUGAAUUUGUCAUAAAGAACUAAUAUAUAAGGGACAGUGUUGUGUAGCAGGUGAUGACUGUGAAUUUUAAAGUGGGAGGGGGGCCGUGCCUGCGUUUUCAUUAGGCCCUAACAUGUAUAGGGUCGUGGUUCUGUUCAGUUUCUGAUCCCAAUGUUGUGAUUAGAUACAGUUCAUCACAGACCUCGACCCAGACCUUUGUGUGUGGGGCAACAAUUCCCAAGGUCUUCUUGAAGGUGCCAAGCUUUGGUGUGUGUAUAGGGUCUUUGACAUGUCUCAAUGGACCAACUCUUCGUCAAGCUGGACUGCAGAGUUUUGAAAGUAAUUGAUAUCCGUCUCAAGCUCUGUCUAGUACAUAUAUGGAUUUGAGUUUUUUAAUUGUAUUCAUUUUUACUUAUUGAAUUUUUAUUGAUAAAAGAUAUGUAUUGACAGGCAUCUUUAAUGUGACCAGAUUAUUGACAAGCAUCUUUAAUGUGACCAGAAGAUUUAGAAAUUGUUGAUAAAGUAGCUGAAUCAUAUUUGUUGCAGUUUGAUUGAAGUGAUUGAACAGCAUGACGAAUAGCCUUGUCCUUUUUCAGAUGUAAAUUUUCUUGAAAUUCAACCAAAGUUUAUCCAGACGCAGAGUGAGUUUCCCCUUAUGUAAAAGUAGUCAUAUGAAGCCAUUGGCUGUUGUGCAGUCAGCUUCCAGGUUGUCUAGAGACCCCUUCAUGCACCAUGUGGACCACUCACCAUUAUCAGGAGUUGGCCUGUCAGGAGGGAAGAUGUGACUGUUGGGAUAUUGUACACAACUCAUCAAUUUGGUCCAGUUUAGGUUAUUAGUAGUUCCGGUGCUCAGUUAUCGGCACCUACAUAACAGCCCUACACAUGUGAUGUUUGUAUUUAGAGUGCCUAAGCUCUAGUAUUUUAGAAGAUGUGACGGAUGGCCAAUAUUGAUUGCUGGGUAAUGGCUCUGCACAGUAGCUUUUUUGACCUUUGUAUCUACUUAUCCUGGAAUACAAAAACAAAAAAAAAAAGUGUCAUAAAUUGAUUCAUGGCCAUGCAUCAGUCUCUGUCCAUAUAGUAAAAAAUAUUUUUGAUUUGCUGCACGGAGUCACUUUCCACCAGUCAGGUGAUCGUCUGGCCGCAGUAUAACGAGUAACGUGAAACUGUUGCCCAACGUUAGUCAUAACCCUCACAAAACACUAUAAGAGUUGAUUGCAGUACACUGUUGUAGUACACUGAUGUAGUACAUUGCUGUAGUACACGGAUGUAGUACACAAAAACAAGAUUAUAUGUGUACGUAUCUAUUUUUCUUGAGAAUGUAAAUAUAAUUAUGAAUGUAAUAUUUUGGGUCAGUUAGGGUAUGUAAAGACUUUGUAAGAUAUUGUAAUGUGUGUUUCAUGAUUAUAGAUAACACAAGUAUCCUAAAUGCUAAAUGUUUCUCAACAUUCUUCGUUAGUAUUCAGUAGGCAUACAAUUAACAUGUUUCAUUGUCAUGCUUCAAGACCAUUAAAAUUUCCUCCCCCUCUCCAUACUAGAUUUCCUGAAUUGUGGUAGUUAGGAACCAUUAACUUUUUACGACUUAAGAAUUUCACUUUUUCCAGUGACUUUGCUAGAUGUUAAGGGUCUGGAGGCGUUGCCACAGAGUGCUUUAGACCACGUCAAGAAGCAACAGUUGCAAAUGAUACCCAUGCAAAAUUGGUAAAGGGAUACAGAGCCAGAAUAAAUUCUUUACAAACUUUUUGUAGCAUUACUGGGUCUUAAAAACAAUGUUCUCUUAGUGCUGCUUUGGCAACGUAGACCAGUCUCUUGGUCUCUCACUCCUAAAGGUGACCUGUGACCAUUUUCAAUUUUCCACGUGCUCUGCGCUAUAUGAUUAAAUGCCUAUUGUCCAUCUUGCAAAAUGUAGUUCAACUGAAACACUGGAUUGUGUUUUUUAUAGAUAAGGUCCUCUGGGUGUAGAGUGGUAUAAAUAUUUUACUCGCAGUCUGCAGCAAAGUUCAACCUCCGUGGUUGUUGACUCCCUAACCUCAUAUGUUUUGUAUUGACUAUACUUAUGGCACUCAGUCUUGCACUAUCUAGAGGAAAUUUUUCUAACACUAAGCAAUCAUGUAGAAAACUCUUGUGAGGUGGGUCGUCAACAUUUCCAAAUAUAUGGUGGAAGAUGUGCUGUAGAGUGUAGCAAGGUAUUAGUUCCUUAGUUUGCUAGGAUGUCCUACCAUUUACAGUAUCCUAGGAUAGUUUUGAAGGAUUCUUUGAUUGACAGUUUAGUUUUAAUCCUGAGUUUUAAAUACCAUUUUUUAUGGUUUUUGAGGGGCUAUCACUACUAUAGGUUUGGUAUAUUUGAUUUAUGUUUAGAUUUCCCAAGUUUUGAUUCUAAUGGGCUUGUACAAUUACAGGAUAUUCAGUAAUGACACAUUUAAGAUCAAGGUCAUUAUUAUUGUUACAACAAAAAAAUUAUACUUCAAUUAAAAAAAAAAAUUAUAUAAAAAUUAUGAUGAUAUUCCCUACUAACCCCAACCCCACUAUUUUAGUAUAUGAUUAUAAACCUUAGGAACAGUGCUUUUUGAUACGCCCCUUGCUCGUGGUAUCGAGUCUGAGUUUUGGGUGUGUUGGUUGGUUUAUUAAUAUUUUGCCACCAAUUUGUUGCACUUUUAUAGCUCAAUUAAUAUGACUUUUGCUUUAGGUUGCAUUGAAUAAUCUUUUUAAUAUAGGUUAGCUGCCUAUCUACCUACCCCCUCCCCCUCCCACCCACCCACCCACCCCCCCUGUUACAAUGUAUUAAUGCGGUGUAAUGUUGAAAUGUUUAUAUAUAUAUAUACAUAUAUAUAUAUAUGUUUUAAAUGUUUAUUUCACGGUUUGAUUUGGUUGAAAUCAGGAAUGAAGACCUUGAAAAAAAAGCUUCUUUUUAAAAACCUCAUAAAGGGUCUCUUAAAGUUCUAAUGCCUACUUGAUAUUCACCGUCAUAUUAUGAAUUGAAUCAGCCCCUCCCCAUUUCUUAUUAAUGCCAGGUUGAAAUGCUUUUGGAGAGCUUUGGCCGGUCAUUCUGUGGACAAGUAUCUUCUAAUUUGCCAUCCCAGGGUACCUGAAUGAUGAUAACUUCAAACAUUUAUGUGUUUCAAGAAAAGCAUUUCUUUUAAAGAAUUGAUGAAAUUAGUUGGAUGUUUGCAUUUAGGGAUAAUGACUUGUAUGAAAAGUGUGUCAAAAUUGUGUCUGCUUUUAUCAUGAUUUAUCAUAAGUAACCAUUAUAAUUAUCAGCUUAUUUAUUGUAUUAUCAUCAUAAAAAAUGUGAAUAAUUGCAACUCAUAAUGUCAUUGCCAUUGUGCAUAUGUUGAUAUGGUAACAUGAAGUUAAUAUGAUUUUUUUUCAUUUUCUUUCUUCAACAGUUGACAUAUGAAAUGUAACACAACACUGGCCUUAACCAUAAAUUCAUGCAAAAAGGUAUUGAACAGUCCCAACUGGUGUUUUAUUAAGAAGACUUGCUUUCUCUCUUCUGGUGGCUACAAAACUUUUAAAUCUUGAUCAUUUAUGGUGUGAGAGGGAUUGAUUCACUGUCAGAAAGCCACCAGGAGUCCAAGGAUGAAGGUCAUUUUCAUAGUUUUCUUGCCUGUUUACAAAAUUGUUAUUUGUUUAUUGCAAAAAUAAAGAAGGUACAUGUUCCCUUACAAACUGUAUAGGAAUAAAAAACCAAAGAUUGAAUUUUUUAUUUUUAUUAUUAUUAUUAUUAUUAUUAUUAUUAUUUUGUCUUUUCAUCUCUUCAAAUUCAUAUCUUUUAUCUUUUGGUAGAAAUACUGGGUUUUCACUCUAGAAUUGUAGUACAUAUCACUUAUAAGCAAGUAGUUAUGAUAGGAAUGUCUAGUUUCUGAACACCUGGUUGACGAUACAAAUACUGUAGGCUCUAAUAUCCUUGCCAUAGCAUACAGAAUGACCUUUUUUAGGGUGUUCAGAACUUGCAUAUCCUUUCAUAACAGAUAUUGGGACUAGGGAUAUAUAUGGAUUACCUCAUCAGAUGUCUUGUUUGUAUAUUGAGGAAAAAUUAUUCUGUAUUACUUUGAAUUUUUGAAUCUCUAUGAAAUUUUGAUUGUAAUACAUCUGCAUUUUGUUGCGCUAUGUUCAUGUUUAUUUGACUUAUCUACUGUCAUUGCCGUGAAAAUAUUAAAUUUGGAUUAAUUUUGAUACAAUGACAGUACAAGGAAAAAUUGGUGGUGUAACCUUGUGUUGUGGAGUCCAGAUGAGUUGAGAUCCUUUGUUUUGUACCAGCAUCUGAUGGAAGAACCUGUUUGUGCAUGGCCAUAUUCUGCUCUUUGGAACCAGACCAACAGUAGCUUCUAGUCUCACAGAUCAGAUUAUGUGCAAUUAUUUUAUUUUUAACAACCCUCCAAGAACAAAGUGUAUACAAAACAAAGAAAUCCAGAAUUUGAGUCAGAAGGUUGGGUCACGGCACAAAUACAGGUCCUUCCGUAAUUUCAUGUAGAGGUGCCCUAGUAUAGGGAUAUCUCUGUGUAUGUCACACAGACCAGCAACAGCAGCCGUAUGUGCGUGUUUGUGUGUGUCUUUGGGUGUGGGUGUGCGUGUGAAUUUCAAGAAAUAUGAGAGGAGCCAUGUCUACUAUGGCCAAAAAUGUAAUUCCUCUCUUGUAGUGUCAUUUCAUGCAGCUACAAAACAUAUCUUUCCCUUUGACAUGUUGGUUCUUCCUCUACCCCUGCAGUUGGUAUUUUGCUUGAUUUCUGUAUGUGAUAAUGGUCCUAAAGUUUGUGUGUAUUGUUAUUCAUUAUCAGUCAGCAGUAUUUUCUUCAGCUGUGAUUUGUGGAUUAUGCUUUUUGCAGUGCUUAUUCCGGUCAUUAUCCAUCAACUACCUUCAUGGAAGGGUUGUUUGACUUAUUGUAUAUAGUGACUUGGUCCAUGUUGGUUAAUUUUAGAUACCACACAUUCCCAUAAUUUUCAAAAAAGUAGGUAUGUAGUAGAAUAUAGUGCAUUAUAGUAUUUAACAGUAAAAUAGACAUUGGGUGGAAGUCUAAUAUUUGAACUAAAAAUACCAAAUUUGAAUUUUAUUUAAUGCAACAAAUGCCUGCAUAACAGUAAGUAAAAAGCAGUUAAGGUAUUAUAUUUAAUGUCUGGAUUGUAGUUGCUGACCUUUUAAAGAAAAACAAUACACUUGCUUUUAUACCGUCAAAUCAAAGGCUUUAAAGGGGUAGAUUUAUUAGGAAGUGGUACCAUUAUUUUAGUAUAUACAAUGACUGCUGAUUGCUGGUUGGAAGGCAUGGACAACACGUUUCAAAAACAUUUAGGGAUGCUGGCACUGAACCAGGUUGGGGGAUCACCAUUCAAACAAUAAAGCACUUACUUUUCCAUUUAAACUGUAUUACACCGUCAUAGACAUUCCUUGAGAAAAAUAUGUUGACAGAUGAAUUGUCAUAUGCCUUUACAAACAAGGGUGUUUAUGCCUUCAUUUACUCCGGGCUCGAUACUCAGCGAGCCACGAGAAUUUUACAACUUGCUAACUUUUUUGAUUCUGAGAGCGGUUGCCGGUGUAGAAAGUCUUCUCCAGUGUGAGGGCGUCUUUCAACCGGGUUUCCUCUCCUCCCCCUCUUCUCAACCAUCCACAACAUCACACAGACACACAUAUAUACAGACACACGUACAACAGCAAGACAAAACUGCGUCCAAAGUCAAGAUGGCCGCGGCACCACUUUGUCAUAAUAAAUUUGUAUAUGUGAUAAA